UCUUGUGACUGAUGGAACCCCGACUCUACUGAUAACUGUCUUCCCUCACUUUGUAGAGUCAUGGCUGCUGUCCCUCAGAAUAACCUACAGGAGCAACUGGAGCUGCACUCAGCCAGAAAACUUAACAACAGGUCAAACCUUUCCAAACCCAAAGCUUCAGGUUUCACUUUUAAAAAGAAAACCUCUUCCGACCACAAUGUAUCCGUAACUAGCUUGUCAGUAGCCAGGACACCUGUGUUGGCUGAGAAGGAUGUCAAUGUCACGGAGGCCUCUGCCUUCAGCGAGCUGCAGUCCCACACUGCCAGUCAGCAGACGAGGAUUGGCGACUUCUUUAAGAAUGUCCCCACAAGCCAGCAGACCAAGGGCACUGAGGCACCCCCGCCACCAUGGCCUGCAUCGCAGCCUCCCCAGCCAACAUCCUGCACUCCCCAGAACGUGCUGGUUGCAAAGACACCUCGCAGCACUGUCCUCAAGAAACUGGACUUCAGCUCCUCCCCAGACUGGCUCAGUGCCCUCCACGGCUGGGACGAUAUGGAUGACUUUGAUACCUCCAGGACCCCAAAAGCACUUGCCACACCCUCCAGAAAGCCCGGGGUGAGAGUAAGCACUGCUCAGAAGCCAAAAAGAGCCAAGAAGAACUUUUGUAAACCCAGUACCACAAGGCCCGGCUCAAGCCCUGCCUCCAUGGCCUGCAAGCAGGUGGACUUGACUGAGAAAGACUGGGGAGACUCGAGUUGGUUGGGUGGCAGCGUGAUUUGCAUCAAUGAUGAUGAUGAUGAUGACUCCAUUUCCCAAGUGCUAAUAGAAGAUUCUCAGGAAAACCAGUUGCUGGAAACCCACAUGGGAGAUAAAAAAGGUGACAGUGAAGACCAGAAGCAUUUGGAGGUGAUGGAGUCAGAUUGCAAUAAGGAAGUCCCACCUGUCGAUCUGGAUGAUGAUAACUAUGAUGUGGAUUUUGUUCCGCCCUCCCCGGAAGAAGAGCUCUCUUCCACCACCUCUUCCUCUUUGCGGUGCUCUAGUGUGUUAAAGGACCUUGACACCUCACACAAGGAUAGCCUGAGCAUAUCAGAAGACACUUUGUCAAUUCCUCAGAAACGGACCCCGCCAGAACCUGAUCCAGGAACCACAACAGGCUGUGAAGCUGGGCAGGUACAUGUGCGGCAGCAGCUGCUCCAGGUGAUGCAUCUCAUCUGCGACUUGGUUGAUGCCAUCCCCACCGAGGCACUGAGAGCCCUAGAGGGCGGGAGUGAGCUGCUCCGGCAGCGGGACACAAGAAGGAAGCUGCUGGCUGAAGCAGGUUUUGACAGAGACGAGCCCCAUCUCCUGGGUUCACUGUGGAGAGUUGGGCCCGAUUCCCUGGGGAGCCCCGUGCACAGCGAUCCCUGCCCCUCGGCAGCUCCUGCGAAAGCGCUCUAUUGUCCUCGCUUCCCCUCAGCUUCUGUUUCCACUGGGAAACAUUUGACCACUGGCCCAGGAAAGAUGAACUUCUCAGCCCCAACAAAACAUCUCUUCGAAAGACCCUCCUCGAGUUCCCAUUUACAAAAGUCCUUUGUGGGCAGCAGUCCCUUGUGGCCUGAAAUCUCCAGGACCCAGAAAGGAAGUGAGGGCUGCUCUUUCCCAGGAAGCAUGCUCACCAGCACUGCGGUGAAAGAGCAGCGUACACACACGGCCAGGAACGCCCAGGCCACCUGUGUCAUUGACAGCUUUGACAUAGAUGACUUUGAUGACGACGAUGACUGGGAAGACAUCAUGCAUAGCGUAACCACAGCCAACAAGUCGUCCACAGCCGCGUACCCCCCUAUUAGGGAAGGGGGGCCGCUGAGGACAGCAUCCGAGAAACUCUCCUUGGCCAAGAGCAACCGGCUUACAGCGGUGACCACAACGCCCUGCGGACACUUCUCGGAGUCCAUUCAGAAUGACGCUGACAAGCAGACGCAAAGUUUAACCUCCAGAAACGUGAAACAUGAACGUUUCCAGAGUCUUGACUUUGCCCAUACAAAAGACAUGAUGAAGAUUUUCCACAAAAAGUUCGGUCUGCAUCAUUUCAGAACGAAUCAGCUAGAGGCCAUCAACGCCGCUCUGCUCGGGGAGGACUGCUUCAUCCUGAUGCCCACCGGAGGUGGUAAAAGCCUGUGCUACCAGCUGCCCGCCUGUGUUUCUCCUGGGGUCACAAUUGUCAUCUCUCCCUUGAGAUCACUAAUAGUGGAUCAAGUCCAAAAGCUGACUUCCCUGGAUAUUCCAGCUACGUAUCUGACAGGUGAUAAGACUGACUCAGAAGCUGCAAGUAUCUACCUCCAGUUAUCCAAAAAAGACCCAAUCAUAAAACUCCUGUAUGUUACUCCAGAGAAGGUAUGCGCCAGUAACAGGCUGAUCUCUACCCUGGAGAACCUGUACGAGAGGAAGCUCCUCGCCCGUUUCGUCAUUGAUGAAGCGCAUUGUGUCAGUCAGUGGGGACACGAUUUUCGUCAGGAUUACAAAAGAAUGAAUAUGCUUCGUCAGAAGUUCCCAUCAGUCCCAGUGAUGGCUCUCACGGCCACGGCCAACCCCAGGGUCCAGAAGGACAUCCUCACGCAGCUGCGGAUCGCCCAGCCCCAGGUGUUUAGCAUGAGCUUUAACAGACAUAAUCUGAAGUACUACGUAUUGCCAAAAAAGCCUAAGAAGGUAGCAUAUGAUUGCUUAGAGUGGAUCAGGAAGCACCACCCAUAUGACUCAGGGAUCAUUUACUGCCUCUCCAGACGCGAGUGUGACACGAUGGCUGACACGCUACAGCGGGAUGGCCUUGCUGCUCUCGCGUACCAUGCUGGCCUCAGUGACUCGGCCAGAGACGAAGUGCAGCACAAGUGGAUUAAUCAGGACGGCUGCCAGGUGAUCUGCGCGACCAUUGCCUUUGGGAUGGGUAUCGACAAGCCUGACGUGCGGUUUGUGAUCCAUGCGUCUCUCCCCAAGUCUGUGGAGGGGUACUACCAGGAGUCUGGCAGAGCCGGAAGGGACGGGGAAAUCUCUCACUGCGUGCUCUUCUAUACCUACCACGAUGUGACGAGGCUGAAGAGACUCAUCAUGAUGGAAAAAGAUGGAAACCGGCACACGAGAGAGACUCAUUUCAACAACCUGUACAGCAUGGUACAUUACUGUGAGAACAUCACAGAAUGCAGGAGAAUACAGCUUUUGGCUUACUUUGGUGAAAACGGAUUUAAUCCUGAUUUUUGUAAGAAACACCCAGAUGUUUCUUGUGACAAUUGCUGUAAAACAAAGGACUUCAAGACAAGAGAUGUGACUGACGAUGUGAAAGAUAUCGUACGGUUUGUUCAGGAGCACAGUUCAUCACAGGGAGGGAGAGCCAUGAGCCACGCAGCUCCUUUGGGGAGGUUCACCAUGAACAUGCUGGUCGAUAUUUUCCUGGGGAGCAAGAGUGCCAAGAUACAGUCGGGCAUAUUUGGCAAGGGCUCUGCCUACUCACGCCACAACGCUGAGAGACUCUUUAAAAAGCUGGUCCUUGACAAGAUCCUGGAUGAAGACUUAUAUAUCAACGCCAAUGACCAAGCAAUCGCCUACAUCAUGCUGGGAACUAAAGCCCAAGCCCUAUUAAGUGGGCACAUAAAGGUAGACUUCAUGGAAACAGAAAAUUCCAGCAGCAUGAAGAAGCAAAAGGCUUUGGUGGCCAAAGUCUCUCAGCGGGAAGAGAUGGUGAAGAAGUGUCUCGGCGAGCUUACAGAAGUCUGCAAGUCACUAGGGAAAGUGUUCGGGGUGCACUACUUCAAUAUCUUCAACACUGCCACCCUCAGGAGGCUCGCAGAAUCUCUGUCUUCCGAUCCUGAGGUUUUGCUUCAGAUUGAUGGCGUGACUGAAGAUAAGCUGGAAAAGUAUGGCGCAGAAGUUAUCCCGAUAUUGCAGAAAUAUUCCGACUGGACACUGCCAGCUGAGGAGGGGUCCCCACAGACGAGUCCAUGCAGUGGCAGGAACGCCCCUGAGGAGCAGGAUGAAGACACCCCUGUGUCGUCUCACUAUUUUGCAAACUCAGCCAAGAACGAAAGGAAGAGGCGCAGGAUGCCUACCUCGCAGAGGGCCAAGAGAAGGAGAACCAGUUAUGGUGGACACCCGGCCAAGGGGGCGUCAACAGCACGCAGGAAGCCAGCUUCCAAGGCCAAGGUUUCCUGUGCAGCCCCGAGGGACUCCCACACACCUGCCCAUAAGCUGGGGCUCAUGGCCCCACCCAAGCCCGCGAACCGGCCUUUCCUGAAGCCGUCGUUCGCCGUCUGCUAACACCCAGCUCACUGCCGCCACCAGGAGCAGAAGCUGCUGCUGCCAAGGGAGAGUUCCCCUCUUAUCCAGUAAUCUGUAAACAAACGCUCAGGGUGGUAGUUCUUAUUUUGAAAAUA